GUGGCGUGCGGCCGCCGCAGCGAGCGCCGGCGGCAGCGGGCUCGGCGCGGCUCGACACCGCACGGCUCGGCUCCUCGCUUCUCGCUUCGGUACCGCUCGCCUCGGCACCCCGCUUCUGCUCCCGCACCAGCUCGCCAUGCCGGGCGCUUCCGCGGCGCCACCGGCACGGAGCUCCUGAGCGGACGGCGUUGGCGUGUGCGCGGGGGACCGCGGCUCCGGUGCCCGAACCCGCCCGCCCGCCGCCGGGGCAUCCCGGCGGCCGCUGCCCGCAUGAGCGCGGCGGGCUCCUGAGGCGCACGGCCGGCCGCCGUCGGGGCGCGGCGCGGCGGGCGUAGGGGCCGGCGCGGCCAUGGGGGCUCUCCCGGCGCUGCUGGGGGCCGCCUUGCUCUGGGCCGGCGCCGGGGCCCUCGUCAACCUCAAGUACUCGGUGGAGGAGGAGCAGCGGGCCGGCACGGUGAUCGCCAACGUCGCCAAGGACGCCCGGGACGCCGGUUUCGUCCUGGACCCCCGGCAGCCCGCCGCCUUCCGGGUGGUCUCCAACUCAGCCCCCCACUUGGUGGACAUCAGCCCCGGGUCCGGGCUGCUGGUGACCAAGCAGAAGAUCGACAGGGACUUGCUAUGCCGACAGAGCCCCAAGUGUGUAAUCUCGCUGGAGGUGAUGUCCAGCUCCAUGGAGAUCUGCGUGAUCAAGCUGGAGAUCAAGGACCUAAACGACAAUGCGCCCAGCUUCCCCACCGACCAGAUCGAGCUGGAGAUCUCGGAGACGGCCAGCCCUGGCACCCGGGUGCCACUGGAGAGUGCCUAUGACCCGGACUCGGGCAGCUUUGGUGUGCAGAGCUAUGAAAUCACCCCCAAUGACCUCUUUGGGCUGGAGACCAAGACACGAGGUGAUGGGUCCCGUUUUGCUGAGCUGGUGGUGGAGAAGAGCCUGGACCGUGAGACCCAGUCCCACUACAGCUACGUGAUCACGGCGCUGGAUGGUGGUGACCCGCCCAACUUUGGCACAGUGGAGCUCAGCAUCCGCGUCAUCGACUCCAAUGACAACAACCCGCUCUUUGAGGAGCCAGCCUACACCGUCAGUGUGCCUGAAAAUGCCCCACCUGGGACGCCAGUCAUCCGCCUCAAUGCCUCUGACCCGGACGAGGGCACCAACGGUCAGGUCCUCUACUCUUUCCACAGCUACGUCUCUGACCGGGCCCGGGAGCUCUUCCAAAUCGACCCCCAGAGUGGCCUCAUCACGGUGAGCGGUGCAAUCGACUAUGAGGAAGGUCACGUCUAUGAGCUGGACGUGCAGGCCAAGGACUUGGGGCCUAACUCCAUCCCUGCCCAUUGCAAAGUGACCAUUAGCAUCCAGGACGCCAACGACAACCCGCCCCUCAUCAACCUGCUCUCUGUCAACAGUGAGCUGGUGGAGGUGAGCGAGAACGCCCCGCCGGGGUACGUCAUCGCCCUGGUGCGGGUCUCGGAUCGCGACUCCGGGGCCAACGGGCGGGUGCAGUGCAAGCUCCUGGGCAAUGUGCCUUUCCGACUCCAGGAGUAUGAGAGCUUCUCCACCAUCCUGGUGGAUGGGCGGCUGGACCGGGAGCAGAGGGACCAGUACAACCUCACCAUCCAGGCUAGGGAUAAUGGCAUCCCUUCCCUGCAGGCCACCAAAUCCUUCACUGUCAAGAUCACCGAUGAGAAUGACAACCAUCCCCACUUCUCCAAGCCCUAUUACCAAGUCAUUGUGCAGGAGAACAACACCCCAGGGGCCUACCUCCUCUCUGUCUCAGCCAGAGAUCCUGACCUGGGCCUCAAUGGCAGCGUGUCCUACCAGAUCGUGCCCUCCCAAGUCAGGGACAUGCCUGUUUUCACAUAUGUCUCCAUCAACCCCAACUCUGGAGAUAUCUAUGCUUUGAGGUCCUUCAACCAUGAACAGACCAAGGCCUUUGAGUUCAAGGUCUUGGCAAAAGAUGGGGGUAAUCCCUCUCUGCAGAGCAAUGCCACUGUCAGGGUGAUUGUCCUGGACGUCAAUGACAACACACCAGUGAUCACGGCCCCACCGCUGGUCAAUGGGACGGCGGAGGUGUACAUCCCCAGGAACGCGGGGGUUGGCUACCUGGUGACAGUGGUCAAGGCAGAUGACUAUGAUGAGGGUGAAAAUGGCAGACUUUCCUAUGAAAUGGUGGAAGGAGACAGAGGAUUCUUUGAGAUCGACCAGGUCAAUGGAGAGAUAAGGACCACCAGAGCCUUUGGGGAGAACGCCAAAACAGCCUAUGAGCUCAUUGUGGUGGCUCAUGACCAUGGGAAAACAUCUCUCUCGGCUUCUGCCUUGAUUUUGAUAUACCUGUCUCCGGCCCUGGAUGCCCAAGAGUCCAUAGGAUCUGUUAACCUCUCCUUGAUUUUCAUUAUUGCCCUGGGGUCUAUUGCAGCCAUUCUUUUUGUCACCAUGAUCUUUGUGGCAGUCAAGUGCAAAAGGGAUAACAAGGAAAUCAGGACCUACAACUGCAGAAUCGCGGAGUACUCCUACGGGCAUCAGAAGAAAUCAAGCAAGAAGAAGAAAAUCAGCAAGAACGACAUCCGCCUGGUACCGCGGGACGUGGAGGAGACGGAUAAAAUGAACGUUGUGAGCUGCUCCUCUCUCACUUCCUCCCUCAACUACUUCGACUACCACCAGCAGACCCUGCCGCUGGGCUGCCGCCGCUCCGAGAGCACCUUCCUCAACGUGGAGAGCCAGAACAACAGGAACGCCGGCUCCAACCACAUCUACCACCACACCUUCACAGGGCAGAGCCCCCAGCAGCCCGACCUCAUCAUCAACGGGAUGCCGCUGCCGGAGACUGAAAACUACUCCUUUGAUUCCAACUACGUGAACAGCAGAGCUCAUUUAAUAAAAAGCAGCUCCACGUUCAAGGACUUGGAGGGGAACAGUCUGAAGGACAGUGGCCAUGAGGAGAGUGACCAGACGGACAGUGAGCAUGACGUGCAGCGAGGCCUCUACUGCGACACGGCCGUCAACGAUGUGCUGAACACCAGCGUCCCCUCCAUGGGCUCCCAGGGCCCCGAGCAAGAGCAGAGCGAGGGGUUCCACUGCCGGGAGGAGUGCCGCAUCCUGGGCCACUCGGACAGGUGCUGGAUGCCGCGUGGCGCCAUGCCCAGCCGCGCCAAGUCCCCCGAGCACGGCAGGAACGUCAUCGCCCUCUCCAUCGAGGCCACGGCGGUGGAUGCGGAGCCUUACGCAGACUGCAGCACAAAAAGGACCUUCGCCACCUUCGGCAAGGAGGGCGGCGAGCCCCUGGCCGAGGAGCGGCUCGCCAACCCCAAGGGCAAAAGAACGGUGGACUCGGCCGCCUGCAGCCCCAAGGUGAGCGGUGCCGUCCGCGAGGCCGGCAACGGCUGCGAGGCCGUCAGCCCCGUCACCUCGCCCCUGCACCUGAAGAGCCCCUUGUCCGGCAAGCCGGCGGCGCCCUACGGUGCCGGGCACUGCGCCGGCAGCCGGGAACGGGAGCCCUUUGGGAACAGUGGCCCGUCCCGGCCCAUGGAGGCAGAGCCCCGGGGGGCAGACAGCGAGAGCAGCGGGCAGGAGGGCAACCUGCUCCUGCAGGAGCGCCGGGAAAAGGACUCACCCAGCGUCCGAAAACUAAAGGACAUCGUCCUUUGAGCAGCACUCGGGAGGGAGUAGGAUGGGGAUAAGGGAGCACACAACUCCCAGCUUAGAUUGUUUUUAUCGCUUACCAAUGGUUCACAAAUUGCUGUAUUUAAAAGCUUUCCCUAAAUGUAUUGUUUAUAAAUGAAGCUGUUGUUAAUGUGACAAUCCCACGUGUCUCGACAGGCAGCAGGGGUGUGCAGCCAGAGCUGAGGAGCCGGUGUUUGGCUUUUGCCGGGAGGCGGCGGGUGGCAGGGGCAGAGGCCAGACCCACCCCAGCCCUCAGAAACCCUCGGUAUCCCCUCCUCGGAGUUUAUAUAUUUUUAUAUCUCAAAACGAAGAUAAAUUUCCAUUCUUGGAGAGAAUUGAGUGGCAAAUUCCUUAUUCAGACAUCUUUAGUAACCACCCCGGCGGUUUUGUAGUCUGGACAAAGUCGCGGCUGUUUGUUGUGUGGGACUGUUCAAAGUGGCAGUCGGGUGAGUUUCAGUUCAAAUUCACCCAGCACGAGGUUGUUUGUAUUUUAAGGUGUUGAUGUUUUGCUAUGGACACCCCUGCAUUUAUGAAUCCUUUUGCUGUCACAUACUUACCUGUACUAUUAUUGUAUUUGAUAUUGCAAAUUACUGUAUGUCUAGUGAUGGCAAAAGGCUUUCAGGCUUAAAAAAAAAAGAAUAAAAAAAUGUAAAUCACAAUCAUCUUACUUAAACUUUGGGGAACCUGCAGUUCGGAGCAAGCGCUUCUUCCAGCCCCUACCAUUGCCUGCAGCCUCCCCGGGCUCCUGCAGGAAAAUGACAGGGCAUUAUGGGAAGACUUUUUGGGAAAAUCCUGCCUGGAUUGCAAUUGUCGGAUGCACUGUGCUGAACUUUUCCCCUUACCCGUUUCUUUUGCAUAAUUUCAAGGCAAUGCAUGGAGAGAUUUUUUUCCAGAAGUUGGUUAUUUUGGUUUUUUUCCAGUUCCCAGAUUUAGAUAUCCCUCGCCUCCAGUCAUUUCCAAGUCAAAGAGAUGGAAUUAUUUUAAGAGAUCUAAAUUACCUUCUCAAUUAGACAUACACACUUCCAAGUCAGCGUUUCCUAGCCAUGAUUACACCAAGAGUGUGUAUGUAGGUAUGACAUCAUGGCAUGGAUUUUAGACUGUUCCAAUUUCUUUCUAUCCCUGCAUCAUAAAUAAGUACGGAAUGAGCAAUAGUGAUGUUAAUUUAGGGGCAGACAGGUGAUAUGUAACAACGCUACUAAUUCAAUUAAUGUGCCUUCUUAAUGGGGAAAAAAUUAAAGCAAUUCUUUAUUUUUUCUCAUAAUUAAGGACUUUUUUGUGUGGGUACAAAUCUACUCAUAUAAAAUUGAUUUGAAAAUUGAGCUACUUUAAUAGCCAUUUUGUAGAAGGGAGAGAGGGAAGGGAUUCCACAGCUCUCGGCUCUCUUGCAGUGAUGAUUCCUCAGUGAGGUACGAGUAAGGUAGGAGGAUUUCAUUUAGUGUUUUUUUAUUAUUAUUAUUGCUAUUAUUAUUAACCCUUCACUGAACAGAUUUUUCCUACCCUCAGUAAUGUUUCCUAGAAUUUUAAAUUGAUUAUGGAAGGAAAAAUAUAUAGCUCUUGCCAACGUUUGCUGUACCAGCAAGUUGAAAUUAGUGGUUUCUAGAGAAAGAGACUUUUUAGGUCUACGUAUCAUGAUAAAGUAUUUGUUAUUUGAUUUAUUUAAAUGAAGAGCAACAAGAAAACAAGUUCCAGUUGUUAUUAUCCUCAAAAUAAGAUUAAACUCCAGCCAUUUAUUUCUUCAGGGCAGAUUGUUCUUGCCUGAAGCCACAGCUGGUUUGAGACAGGUCCAGAGUCAGCCUGUUCCCCCUGCCACUUGCUAGGGCCAGGAAUUGGGAAAGAAUCAACAAAAAAACAGUUGUCUAAUGAAAUUUGUGAUGCUUCCCUCACUGGUGUGAUGACUACCUCAUUCAGCUCCCAUCCCAUGCAUUAACAUCAUGUCCUGCAUCCCUCUAGAAAGCAAACUGGGGGUUUUACCCCCUCUGCUACGUUCUGAGCCCAUUUUCCAGGGAUAUGUUGUUUCUGUUCCUACUGUGUUUCCUACCUGUGUACUGUUACCACUGUCAUUUUUUUCUGUGUUUUUUUUUUCCCCAAAUGUGUGUUUUAUUAUAACACAAGCGAAGAGGAGAGGGGCUGGCUUGGGGCUGUUGGAGUAACCAUGUGUUCUGUAGCUGUUAAGCUGAGUUUAUUCUGAUGUUACCUGGUUUUGACAGCUCUAGGAGGUUUUUUGUGUGGGGAGGAACUUCUCCCAUGUGUUUGCUGAGAGACAGUGCCUGUGAUGCCCCAUCUGUCAGAUGAACUUGGCUUCACAGGACAAUGGCUCCAUGUGGCCCCAUCAUCACCCCACACCUCUGCCAGGAGGGGACCCACCUUCCCCAUGGCCCGUUGGGUGGGAAGUGCGGGUGCCCCCCAGGUGCCCCAUCAUCGUUCCCAGCUGCCCAGAAAAGUGCUGGCCCUUAAUUCCUGCCGAGCGUUGCCCCCUGCCUGCGGAGCUGCCACCACCAGCCUGGUGUUUCGGAUGAAAAAUAGAUGCUAACUGAAAAGGAAGAGAGGAAAAAAAAAAAAAAAGAAAAAAAAGAAAAAAUAGAAACAUUUCUCUAAUUUACCCAGAGGAAACGUUCCUUGCCACUCUGAAUAAAAGCACAGCCGAGAAAGAAUGUGAAAUAAUUCUGUAUUAAAAGGGGGCAUUAAAGAGGUCAGUAAACCCUUAUGCCUCCAAGAAAAUCAUUUAAGCACCAGUUUUCUGGGCUGACCCGGUCUGCAGCGGGGGAUGUAAGCAAGGGGCCCUUCCCUGGUACGGCCUUCCUGUGUGGGGCCAAGGGGAGACCCAGAGAGCAGCCCCGGCUUUGCUGCCUUGGCCCUCUCCAGAAUAUUUUGGUACUCCUGUCACUGUCCCUCUGUGUCACUUGAGAUGAGUUCAGGCUCCUGGGCAAAUCGCAGUCUCUUUUUUUUUUUCCUACUUGCAUCGAAACUGGACAUGCAAAAAAUGUUCUGAGCUGCAGGGUGGGCAGGAAGGCUUUUUGGAAGGGUUCCGGAUGUAAUUAUUGUGCUUUUUAAUAACUUAAACCUGUCCUCAGAUUUGGUUUAGGAAAAAUCGCUGGGAUCUGUUGGUUUCCUUCAGGCAGACUUGCUCUGCUCCCCUGUUUAUCCAGGAGAGCAGCAAGCACCGACGAUUCUCCCCCGAGCAUGACGAGGACCCCAUCUGGAGCAGCUUUGGGGCUGGGGGCCAGGGGCUGAGCUCUUCCCUGCUCCCUUGGGAGCCCCUGGCCGUUCCCACCCUCGAGGCUGCAGGGCUGUGCUGGGAGGGAUGGUGGAGGGCUGAAGGGCACAACUGAUGGCUGGAAAAAUCCCCCCCUCCCAAGCACUGUUUACUGAGGUUGUUGCCGUUCCCUGUUUGUUGUGAGCUGGAGGUGGCCUGUGAAUCACACUUUGUGCAAAAGUGCAUUCCUUUUUCUUUUUUUUUUUAAUUUUUAUCCCUCCAAACAGGAAACGAGUUUGCUUUUGUGAAGAACACACUGUCUGACGAGUAUGUUGAAAUUAUUCUUGGAGGCGGGAGGGGGGGGAGAAGAAAAAAACAAAAAAAAUCCUAAUUUUGAAUGGAAACACAUUUGUCUGUCAUUGGGGAAAUUUGAUGGUCUUGUUGCUACAGCUGCUUUUGCAGCUAUGGGUAGUCUCUGAUCCGACCUGUGAGCUGCGGUACCUGCUGGGGAGAAGCCCGGCCGCCCCCGCUGCAAGCUCUGCUGAGGCUGAGACGGAGCCCUCGCUGGCGUCAGCUGAUGUUCAGCUGAUCCAAGCCGGGGGAGAGUCUGCAGACACCCCUGACAAACUGGCUCUCAGCAGCACCUCCCCCGGCAGCCCGGCGGCCGCGGGGCUCAGCGCGGUACGUCUCGUCAUGGUGUCUCCGUUGCCGAGUAUAUGAAGAAUAAAUUGUUGUAUAUGCUGAUAUGUAUGUUAUGUACAUUUUCACAGUGAUUGAAUCAUUGUAAACAGCAAAAUGGAAAAAGGCAAAAAAAAAAAAUCACCAUUCUGUCUAUUUUAUGAAGAUGAUAAAGCAGCUUUAUUAAAUUAUUAUGAUUCUGUUUCCAAAUGGUGUACCUGCCACAUUGGGAUUUUUUCAUCUGAUGAGAACUUUGUUUUCCACCUAAAUGUGAUUUUCUUUUCUCUGCUUUGAGCAUCUAAUGCAUUUUAGUAUUAAAGCAAUUAUUGAAUAAAAUGGAAAGUAAGUGUUUGGUUAAA